AUGGAAACACCUCAACCUCCAGUCGCUAUACCACAACCCGUACCAGUACCAAUACCAGUACCAGCGCCGGCUGUUGUUGUACCAGCACCUCUUCCUCUGAUGCCUCCGUCAAGGAGGAUGGAACCAGCAGAGCUUCCAGCGCCGGUACCUCUAGGGUCACCACCUCCAGGGCCACCACCUAAAGGGAAACCACCGAUAUCUGUACUACCUCCACCGCCAUUACCCUAUGGAGUGCCGAUCGCUCCAACCAAUCCCAUGUUGCCUGUAGCUGGCAUACCUUAUUCUCAAGUGCCACCACCAUAUCCUUACCCACAAUUCCCACCAGGUCCUUAUCCGGAUCCUUACGCAUUGCAGCGCCCCGGAUUGGGAAUGGUCCCGGGUAUACCCGGAAUUGUCUCCCGCGAUGGAGGUAUCAACGUUCUACCCUUUUCUGAUGCUUACUCGGAUAUUCUUGAAAAGCGAAAGAACAAAUUGCUAAGAAGACGGCUAAAGAAGGUCUUAGAAGACUACGAAGACUACCCGAGGUGGAGACGCAGAAGGCGUAGGAGGCAUAGAAGUAGGAUGUUUGAAUAGCUAACUGGUUAAGUAUUAAAAACCUUGGUUAUUCAAUGCCAAAAUUUAUUUAAAUAUAUUUUACAGUAAUAAUAACAGUUAGGUACGUACUCUAGUUUAAUAAUACGAAAAUGUUAUUAUAUAUUUGUCUACUCGAAGACAUUACUAAAAUCUAAUUCUUACAUUAAUGGACGGACUUUCUGAGGGUCUCAUUUAUAUACAUAUAAUUCUUAGACUAAAAGUAAUCUAGGUGUAUAAAUUGUAAAACUGUGCCUAUCUCGUAAUACACUUAACUAUAUUAAUAUCUAGUUCAUUAAGAUUUUAUUAAAACCAUACAAUUGAUUGCAAAGUGUACACUAAAUUUUAAUUUACUAGCUACAAUUUGUUAAGUACAUGUUUGCCACUAGAGAGUGUUAUUUAUAAAUCCCAACUCUAUUUUAUAAUAAUAUUAUAAAAGUUAUAAUAUCAUAAUAAACUCAUUCUUAAUUAUCCCUAUUAGAUCGCAUUAGAUGAUUUAAAACACCGGAUUCAGUCUCAAUUGCGCGUAUCAAUGAUAUCAUAUCGGUCGUUCAAUGCCCGAGAAAUAAAAUCACAAAUAAAUAUUACCUAAUACCUGAACAAUUAUUAUGAACCAAAUUAAUUUCAUAUUGGAUUUC